UUUGGGCGGGAAUAGAACACUUGUAAUGUAACUACAGCCACCAAAUCAAUGUUCUAAUUAGUCCAGGUUUGAGUACAUGAGGGGAAAAAAUCUUUAGUCAGUUCUCCCAUUCCCAAAAUGUAUAUCAAAUACAAAAGUUGUGAAUAGAGCUCCUUUACAGAGGUAUUAUUAUUACUAGUUUUGCUAAUUCUUAAUAGAAAACUAGUUUCAAGAUGAAAGAGAUCAUCGAGGUUGUAGCACUUUUUCUAGGUUUUGCAGGCUGGAUAUUGAUUUUCAUAUCAUUACAAGAUCAUUAUUGGAAAAAAUCCUCCGAAGAUGGCAGCGCAAUUACAACCUCCGCAAUCUAUGAGAACCUCUGGAUGUCUUGUGCAAGUGAUUCAACAGGGAUAUUUAACUGUCGUGACUUUCCAUCCAUUUUUGCUCUUCCAGGGUAUGUUCAGGCGUCCCGGGCACUCAUGAUCACUUCCAUUGUUUUUGGGACGUUUGGGCUCGUGGCUACUCUCGUCGGAAUGAAGUGCUCAAAAAUAGGAGGAGAAAACUACGUCCUGAAAGGAAGGAUCGCUGCGAUAGGAGGAGCGUUCUUUUUACUACAAGGGAUUUGCACCAUGAUUGCUGUAUCUUGGUAUGCAGCCACCAUCACACAGCAGUUCUUUGACCCGUUUUAUCCAGGGAUAAAGUAUGAGAUUGGAGCGGGCUUGUAUAUCGGGUGGUUUUCAGCUAUACUUGCCAUUUGCGGAGGUGCAUGCCUGAUGUGUAGUUGCAUAGCCAACACACCCGAUAAAGAAAUACCAUAUCCAUGCCAACCAUCCUCCAGAGGACAUGUGCUGCAGGCUGUGGAAAGGUCUCAAACUGUCUCGAGCAACUAUGGAAAAAAUGCGUAUAUCUGAGACGUGAUUGCGUAGAGGAGAAAGCCGACUGGGUUGGACUCAAUUCACCAAAUUGUACAGUAGUUAAAAAGCAGUAACCUUGAUUUGGAGAUUUAUUGGCUUUAUCCAAUCCAAAUCUUUAAGUGACACAUAUUUGCAGUAUAAGAAUUUGUAAUGUUAUGCAUUGUGAAAAUUGCAUAUGUAGUUGCUGUGGGCUUACAAAGAGAAACUGCAACAUAAUGAAAACUGUGAUACUACACUGCUAUAAUCUAGAAUUAGUCUACAGAAUACAAUACACUUAUUACAUGCUCGCAUUUAAUAAUGUCCAGAAUGUGGUAGGAAUCCCAAUAUAGGACCAUUUAUAUCCCCAACAGCCUUAAAUAACCACACCUUUAAAGGGGCUGUACUACUAUACUGAAAAAACUUGACUGGUCUG